AAGAAAAGAAAGCGAGCGCUUUAUGCUGAAAAGUCGCGGCGACGAAUUUUUCUUCCCCUCUGUCCCGCCCCCCCGGCAAACCCAGUCCUCUUAUCUUUCUCUCUGAAAAUUACGGCUCAGAGCCUCAGAGAGAAGGAGCGGGGAAUUUAGUUUACCCAUUGAAUUAUCUCUUUAUUUGAUUCAAUACAAAGAUUCCUUCAAAUCUCUCCGUAUCUGCACAAGUAAUUGUCGAUAAACAGAGUAUAUGGAUCAGAUUCUGAACAAAGUUGGUUCGUACUGGUUAGGCCAGAAAGCCAACAAGGAGUUCAGCUCCGUCGGCGAUGACAUCAACUCAAUGUCAAGCAGCAUCGAAGGGGGAGCGAAAUGGUUGGUGAACAAGAUUAAAGGGAAAAUGCAAAAACCAUUGCCGGAAUUACUGAAGGAAUAUGAUAUUGCAGUAGGUAUUUUCCCUCGUGAUGCGACCAACUAUGAAUUUAAUGAGGAGACACGAAAGCUUACGGUCUUCAUACCCUCUGUCUGUGAAGUGGGUUAUAAAGAUUCCUCGGUCUUGCGUUUCUCCACGGUUGUAACUGGAUAUCUAGAGAAGGGAAAGUUUGUCGAUAUAGAAGGAAUGAAAACUAAGGUGCUCAUUUGGGUGAAAGUGACUGCCAUUGCAACUGAAGGAUCGAAGCUUCAUUUUACUGCUGGGAUGAAGAAAACCAGAAGCAGAGAUGCCUAUGAGGUUCUUAGAGAUGGAGUCGGAGUAGACAAGUUCUAAUAUCAAGAAAGGCGUGGUGUCAUAAAUUGUAAAAUCGCUAAGCAAUUGUGGACAUAUUUGUCUGUUAUUCUUGAAUGUUUCUUUCAGUGUAAUUAUAGUUUGAAUUUGAACUCGAUUGUUUUGCAAAUUCAAACUUGUGCGUUUAGGUUUCUGAUUCAAUGUGCACAGCUAUGAUUGUGGGAG